AUGUGGGAUGGUGGAAAACUUCCUGAUAUGAAAAGGCCGGUCAUAGGGCGGCGCGCCGCAGCCAGCAACAACGGCGAUCUCCCACAUCCUCGGGAGGUGGCGCAGUGGAGAAAGGACGCCCGUGAUGUUCUCUUCCACACAUGGGAAGAGGCUCUUGAAUCCCCGAAUUCAAGCCGAGAGUUGGUGGCGGCAAUUCGACCAGUUCUUCGGAGCUGGGUCGAGUGCCCUGGCGCUCCCAACUACCACCUCACGCAGGUCCUCACCGGGCACGGGUGCUUUGGUGAGUACCUGUUUGGGGUGGUCAGGAGGGAACCAACUGCCGAGUGCCACCACUGUGCUGGCGGUAUGGUGGACACGGCACGGCACACGCGCGAGGAGUGCCCCGCUUGGGCGGUCCCUCGCGCUGCCUUGUCCGCCGUGAUAGGCCCGGAUCUCUCACUGCCGGCCAUGAUCGUGGCCAUGGUCGGAAGUGAAGCGGCUUGGAGAGCGGUCGCCACCUUCUCAGACGCAGUGAUGUCGGAGAAGGAAGCGGCGGAGAGAGAGCGGGAGAACUCCGCGGACUCUCUUCCGAUGCGCCGCAGGCGACCUGGAAGGCGGCGACAGGCGCACCUGGUCAAUAUAAACCGAGCGCCGCCUUGA